AACAUAUCAAAAACCUUAUCAUUUCAUUAUAUAAAAGGAUAGUGGACAUCAAAAGGUUCAUAUUGAACCAAAAAAAGAGAGAAGAAGCAAUAUGGCUUCCUCUGUCAUUUCUUCAGCAGCUGUUGCCACACGCAGCAAUGUUACACAAGCUAGCAUGGUUGCACCUUUCACUGGUCUCAAAUCUUCAGCCACUUUCCCUGUUACAAAGAAGCAAAACCUUGACAUCACUUCCAUUGCUAGCAAUGGUGGAAGAGUUAGCUGCAUGCAGGUGUGGCCACCAAUUAACAUGAAGAAGUACGAGACACUCUCAUACCUUCCUGAUUUGUCUGACGAGCAAUUGCUUAGUGAAAUUGAGUACCUUUUGAAAAAUGGAUGGGUUCCUUGCUUGGAAUUUGAGACUGAGCACGGAUUUGUCUACCGUGAGAACAACAAGUCACCAGGAUACUAUGAUGGAAGGUACUGGACCAUGUGGAAGUUGCCUAUGUUUGGGUGCACUGAUGCAACCCAAGUGUUGGCUGAGGUUCAAGAGGCUAAAAAGGCAUACCCACAAGCAUGGGUCAGAAUCAUUGGAUUCGACAAUGUGCGUCAAGUGCAGUGUAUCAGUUUCAUUGCCUACAAGCCAGAAGGCUACUAAGUUUCAUAUUAGGAACAAAAUUGUCUUUAGGGACACUUUGUUUUUAAAUGCUACUUAGGUCUUUUUUCUUUUUUGUCUUAAUUCCAACAAACUCUUUGUGUCUUGUACUAUUCGGUUUAUGUUUUGGAUUUAUGAGUACCUAAUUAUAUGAUAAUGAUUUGGUGCUUUGUUUGUAAAUUUUGAUUCUUGUGGUUUAUAUGACUUUUUGUGUUUUAUAACAUCUU